AGUCUAUCGGGUCCCCGCAGAUGCACGCGCCCAGAAAUAGCUCUGUGAGGGGGCCAAAGCAGAGGGAGGAGGGGUCCCUAAUGGCAAAUUCCGUUGGAAGCUCUAGAGGCAUAAGGCUAUUGAUUGGUACGCACCCCAAAGACGUCGACUUGACCAAGGGCCUAGGCGUGGUCGAUGGCCGCUUAGCCUUUAUUUUUCGGCGUCCACCUUCCCGAUUCGAUCUAAUAUGCCACCGCUGGGACCAACAUUGCGACGACACUAUUCAGAGCUAUUGACAAUGGCAAUCACGCCAAGCAGAAACGAGCUCGCCAACGUUGGAGAAGUAGGAGAAUGGCGACUGUUUGGAGAAAGCGCCGUUGUCGGGCGAGCUAAAGGUGCAAGAGGGUAUUAGUGAGUGACUCUGGGCGCGAGUAUUUAAGAGCUCGAGAGCCGCUGCGUUUCUCAAGUGUUGUGUAAACCAGCUCUCCUUGCCCUUUUCUAUAUCCCCUACGUACACACAUCAUACAACUCUCACCAGCCUCUCAUCAUCAUGUACUUUUCCAAGCUUGCCGUCCUGGCAGCAGCCAUCUUCCCUCUGGCCAAUGCGGCUCAACCUGCUGCAGGCGACAUUGUCCCGGACCAGUACAUUGUCAUGCUCAAGCCCGGCACCAGUGCCUCUGAUCGCCAGAGUCAUUUGGACUGGUUGGCAACUCUGGCUCCUUAUGGUAUUGAGCGCACCUUUGGCGGUCACUACAACUUUAACGCCUACUCGGGCAGCUUCUCCCGUGCUAUUGUUGACCGCAUCUCCGCCGACCCUCGAGUUGCCCUCGUUGAGCCCGACCGCGUCUGGACCCUCGAGACUGUUGAAGAGCCUCUGCAGAAGCGCGAUAUCAACACCCAGUCCAACGCUCCCUGGGGCCUAGGCACCGUGUCCCAUCGCCAGCCUGGAUCUACCGACUAUGUGUACGACUCCAAUGCCGGCGAGGGCACCUUUGCCUACGUUGUCGACAGUGGCAUUCGCACCAGUCACGUCGAGUUUGAGGGCCGUGCUGUCAACGCCUUCUCCGUUCUUCCUGGCGUCUACCUCGACCUGAUCGGCCACGGUACCCACGUUGCCGGCACCAUUGGCAGCAGAGCCUACGGUGUUGCCAAGAAGGCCACCCUUGUCAACGUCAAGGUCUUUAUUGCUCCCACCACCACCACCGCCAUGAUCAUGAGCGGCUUCGACUUUGCCGUCAACGACAUUGUUUCCAAGAACCGCACCAGUGUGUCCGCCAUCAACAUGUCUCUUGGUGGCGACUACUCCGAGGCUUUCAACACCGCUGUCGAGGAGGCUUCCAAGAAGGGUGUCAUCUCUGUCGUCGCGGCCGGCAAUGAUGCCAAGGACGCCCAGAAUGUGUCUCCUGCUUCUGCCCCCAGUGCCAUCACCGUCGGUGCUACCGACAUCAAGUGGAACAUUGCCACCUACUCCAACUUUGGCAAGGUCCUCGACAUCUUUGCCCCCGGCACCAACAUCCUGUCCUGCUGGUUCCGCACCGACACCGACACCAACACCAUCUCUGGUACCUCCAUGGCCACUCCUCACACCGUUGGUCUUGCUCUGUACGCCAUGUCUGUCCAUGGUAUCCACGGUGUCGAGGCCGUGGCCAAGUUUUUGACUGGUUCUGCCACCAAGAACGGCGUCCAGGGCGCCAUCCACGACUCUCCCAACCUGCUUGGCAACAACAACAACAACGUCUCCAACUAGACGCUGUCGAGCAUGCUUUACUACUAUUUACUGUAUAUAUCUCCUUUUUUUCUUUAUUCAUACCACAAUAUAUAAAUAUAUAUCAGUGUUUGGUUCCCAUUGUGUCGUAUCCAGUAUUAGUGUAGAGGCACCGCUUAC